AUGGCAGUGGUGGUGGAAGAUCUGUGUUGCUUGUUGGAAGAGAAAGUGGAGCUUGGAAGGGAGAAGGAAGAGGGAUCAGCUGUUGAACCAGUUACCAAUCAGUCAUUUGAUGCUAUUGAACCAUUUACUACCAAUGAGUUGUUUAGCAGUAAAGAAGAACUUAUUGGAUGGGUUAGACAAGUUGGAAAAGAAAAUGGAAUUGUUAUCGUGAUAAAGGGUUCUGAAUGUGGAGGUCCCGGAAGGCCAUUUAGAGUUCGUUUUGCUUGCGAAAGAGGUGGAAAAUAUAGACCAUCAAAAAAGAGAGAAGAAUCAGGGGAAGAAUUAAAACAUUGUACAUACAAAACUAAUAGGUACAGAUAUCCACUGCUUCAGAUUGUUGGUGUAACAUCCACUGAAUUGACUUUUCCUGUUGCAUUUGCAUUCAUGGAUCAUGAAUACGAGGAUAACUAUACAUGGGCAAUGGAAAGAUUACAGAGUUUGAUGGGAUCUAAUAUAUUUCCGAGAGUAGUUGUUACGGACAGAGAAUUAGCAUUGAUAAAUGCAAUACAUAAAGUGUUUCCAAAUGCUACCACUUUAUUGUUUGAGUAUCAUAUAUAUGACAAUGCACUUGAUUAUGUGAGAAAUGCAUGGUUGAAUAAUUAUAAGGAAAAGUUUGUUGCAGCGUGGACAAAUAAGAUAAUGCAUUUUGGGAAUGUUACUACUAACAGGGCUGAGAGUGCGCAUGCGAAGCUGAAAAGACAUCUUGGAUCAUCUCAAGGUGAUUUUGAGUCAUCAUGGACAAUCAUCAACUCUCUUAUUGAGUUACAGCAUACUGAGAUCAAAGGAUCGUUUGAGAAGAGCUUAACAUUGGUGCAACAUAAUUUCAAACCAGAAAUUUUCAGAGAACUACGAGGUAUUAUCUCUAGAAAUGCAAUGAAUAUGGUGUUAAAGGAAACACAGAUAGCUCAGAAAAUUGGGGUGGAUAAGAUUUCAUGUGGAUGUGUGAUAAGAAGUACACAUGGUUUGCCUUGUGCACAUGAAAUUGCAGAGUUCAUCAUUCAAGGACGACCAAUUCCCUUAUCAGUUGUGCAUUCUCAUUGGAGAAAGUUACAUUUGAUGCAGACUAGUUGUGAUGAAGAUAUCUCAUCUCUACUGAUGAUUGAGCCAGAGAUAGAUACCAUAUAUAAGAAGUUUCAAUUAGAAUCAGAGGCAGGUAAAUUGGUAUUGAAACAAAAGUUGAGAGAAUUAGUUGAUCCUGCUACAACUUCAUUGAUGGCACCAAGUGUUAAAGUUAAAACAAAAGGUAAGCCAUCCUCAAAGAAAAAAUAUCACUUUGAUAGUUCUACCAAGCGUGAUCCAUCUUAUUUUGAAAUAGUACAGUCGUCUCAUGAUAAUACAACCCCAGUAAUACAGAGUUCAAAUAAGAUAGGGAAGGAAUGUAAGCAUUCAAAAUCUCGUGUGAAUGUGAAAUAUAGAUUGCGAGGUUAUGAUGAUUCUUUUCCACCAAACGUACAAUAUUUCAUACACAAUAUUGUGAAUGUAGAUUCUGAUGGACAUUGUGGGUUUCGUGCCAUUGCGGCAUUACUUGGCAUGAGUGAGCAAAAUUGGGGAGAUAUUCGUCUUAACCUGAUUGAAGAGUUACAUGUUUUUCGUGCUGAGUAUUCACAAUUAUAUGGAUCUAAUAUGCGUGUAGAUGAGUUAAUACAUGCACUCUCUUACUUUGAGUCUGUUGCACCUCCCCAGCACUGGAUGACAUUACCUGACAUGGGACAUUUGAUUGCUUCAAAGUAUAAUGUGGUCUUGAUCCAUUUGUCUAGACUUCAAUGUCUUACUUAUCUUCCGCUGAGAUCAGUACCUCCUCCAUCACUACAACACAGAAUUAUUAGUAUUGGUUUUGUGAAUGAUUGUCAUUUUGUUCAGGUGUUUCUUAAAUCAAACUCGCCAAUACCUCCUGUUGCACUCAAGUGGCAUAGAUAUCGAGCUGAUAGUGCACGAGAAUGA